CCCAAAGGGAUUCAGUUUCCUUCUUCGAUAUGACUUCCUUCUUCUGUCGCCAACAAGAAAUGUAAACGCCUCCCAACUGCCUAAACUCAGCCGUCGCCCAUCUCUCUCUCUCUCUAUAGAUUUGCAGAAGCUUCCUUUUGAAAACUCUCCAUCCAAAUUCAACUCCCUCCUCCAUUAAUACCCCUCCCUCGCCAUCAUCCUCACCAACCGCCUCCGCAACCAACCAAGCUCCGGUUCAGUGGUUCUUCGCCGGCAAAUGGCCGCUUCUAUUCACGCCAUCGCUGCUGCUCUCGCCAUAGUCGCGGUUGCGCUUCCCUGGUCUGCCACCGCCGAUUUUUCUCUCGCGCCCCUGUUAUCCCCCAUUUUCGGUAUCUAACUUCACUUCAAUUUCCAUUGUUAAGCUGACAAGAUGUGCUUGUUCAUAUGACUCGUAAUCAUUUAACUCAACUUGUACCGGUUUAGGGAUUUUUAUUUGGGGUUUGAUCGAGUUUACCUAAUGUAGCGUUUGUUAAUGAUUGGCAUAUAGUUUUUCCCAGUUCAAUUCAAUUUAAUUCAACACUUAAAAUUACAAAUAAUUUUCACUUCUGUUCUAUGUGUAUUACUCCGUAUCAUGACUUUGCGUCCUAGCUAGUAGAAUGAACUAGACCUGGCAAUCGGGUCAAUCGUAUGAAUUAUGAAAUCAAUGAAUGUUAGAGUAUAUAUAUAUAAACCUUUCCUGGGCCACAAGCAUAAGCUUGAACUUUUGGCUGUGUUGGUUCUUUGACAUGGUAUCGGUCUAUCGGAGCCUUAUUGACCAAGAGGUCACGAGUUCGAAACUCACCGCUACCGAAAUUUUAAAUAUAAGCUUUCAGUGCAGGGCUCGAAGAAGUCACGCUUGCACGCGAGGAUGCGUGUUAGAGUAUAUAACAACCUUUCUUGGGCCAAGACCAUAAGCUUAAGUUUUUGGUUGAAUUGGUUCCUUACAAUGAAACUUCAUUUUUGCUGGAUUCGUGCAUAUAUCGGUAGGUGGUGUGUGCAAAGGAGGUCUAUGUGGAAAAGGGAAUUGCAAGGAAUCAGCAAGUGGCGGUUUAGGUUAUGAAUGUGAAUGUGAUCCGGGUUGGAAACAAGCUAGGUCUCAAAACGACACUUUGUUCAAGUUUCUGCCUUGUGUUAUCCCCAACUGUUCUGUUGAUUUAUCAUGUGGAGAAGGACAAGCACCUGCUCCUGCACCAGAAAAAAAUGUCAACACAUCAAUUUUAGAACCCUGCCACUGGGCAAAUUGCGGAGGUGGCUCGUGCAACAAGACUGGUGCAGUAACCUAUACUUGUAUAUGCAAAGAGGGAUACUUCAAUCUGCUUAAUUCCACCGGUCUCCCUUGCGUCAGAAAAUGUGCACUUGGAAUGGACUGCAAAAAUCUGGGAUUCGGCUUAACAAACAACUCAAUUAGUCCUCCACCCCCAAGCUCAUCUGAUGGUAGUAGCAAAGCUUGCUCAAUCAUGGGAGAUGGAUUUUUCUGGAAGGUUAUUGCAGCAACAUCGCUGGCCAUAUUUUUCUUGAAUUAGAUGUAAAGGAUGUAGAUACUAUAUAUGGAGUAUAAAUGGAUAAACACGAUAUUCACGUUUUCACAGUUAGCUUCGAGCAGCUUUUAAUAUUUACUUUGACAAGUUUUGGGUUACCCCGAGUAUAGAAAAUACAAAUCAGUAUACUCAACUUGUUGUAUCAUGUUGUGACUUUUUGUAUACGUCCUAUAUUCAUCAUUUGGUUUUGGGUAUUCCAUGUGUGGGAAAUUGAAAUUGGUGUGCUUAUUCAUGCUUGGGGAUGUAUUAAUAUUUUCUUUGUCUGAUUUGGUAUUCCUUGCUGCAAUAUACGGAGUACUUCGUAUGUCUUUUGGAUUUAAUGUGUGUAUUGAUAGAUAAAGUGUGCAACAAAGUGGGAUGUGGAAAAGGGAGUUGCAGGGCAUCAGGAAGUAGUGUUUUAGGUUAUGAAUGUGAAUGUGAUCCUGGCUGGAAACAAACUCUUCUUCAAAGCGACACUUCUUUCAAGUUUCUGCCUUGUGUUAUCCCCAACUGUUCCAUCAACUACUCGUGCGGAGAAGGAGCCCCUGCCCCUGCACCAGAUAAAAGAGCCAACACGUCAAUCUUUGAACUUUGCAAUUGGGCGGAGUGCGGAGGGGGAUCGUGUACCAAGACUUCUGCACUAACCUACACUUGUGAAUGCAGGAAGGGUUACUUAAACCUUCUCAAUAUCACCACUUUCCCUUGCUUCAAAGAAUGUUCAAUUGGAAUGGACUGUAACUUAACAAACAGAUCUUCUGGUUCAACUUCAACCCCUAGCGUAUCGAAUAAUACCAACAAAGGCAGCUCGAUGAUCGUUGGUGGCGGCUUUGUGUGGAAUGCCAUUGCAGCAACAUCUUUGGCCAUGUGUUUGUUCAAGUAGAUGUUGAAGAUGGAUUAGAUUUGUGUGACAAAUUAUAUUCUAUCGUGAAUCUAAGGUCCGGACCAUUGUGCACCCACCGAUAAGAUUGACAUGUAGAGAAUAUUUGCUUAGAGUUUAGAUGAUCAAAUUUUGUUUUUAUAUAAAAAAUAGAAAAUUAGAUUUUUUAUGUAAUCGUCUACAACACUAGAAGAGGCUAACUAAAAAAACUAUCUAAAAAUAGAUGAGUAAUGUCAAAUAAUCGCAAUGUCAUCAG